CCAAGUAGUAGCAUAACUAAUUAAAUCUCCAAUUUUAUAGCAAACACCAAAAAUGUCAACUUCUACAACAACAACAGCUCAACUAUUUCAACAACUUGGUGAUUUCUAUUCUAGAAGAUUGCUACUAAAUACUCCAGCAGCACCUCCUCCUAAUAGCCACGACGUCGCCUCAGAAACGUACACCGGAAAUAACACUUUCGACGCAAAUGUCAUUAUGGUCCUGUCAGUGCUCUUGUGUGCUCUAAUUUGCUCACUGGGACUUAAUUCCAUCAUCAGGUGUGUAUUAAGGUGCUCCAUUUUAGUAGCUUCACAAUCUUCUGAUACAGCUACCAUAGCUCGAUUAGCCAAUACAGGCGUCAAACGAAAGGCGUUAAAGACUUUCCCGACGAUAAACUACUCACCCGACUUGAACCUGCCUGGAUUAGACACAGAGUGUGUGAUCUGUCUCGCGGAGUUUACAGUUGGUGAGCGCGUCCGGCUUCUUCCCAAAUGCAACCAUGGAUUCCAUGUCAAAUGCAUUGAUAAAUGGCUCGGUUCACACUCGUCUUGCCCUACUUGUAGGCACAGCCUAAUCGAGACCUGUCAAAAGAUCGUCGGUUGCAGCCCUGCGGAGCCUGCAGUACAAGAAAUUAUAGUAAAUAUUGCACCAUUAGAACCUGAAGGAUUGGUACGCAAUUAUAGGAGCUAGUUAAGUUUAAGUUAAGCAUGGCCUUCAAGAAAUGGCACAAAUAGGCCUUUUCCAAGGGUUAAUUAAUGCCUACAAAUUCACAGAACAGUAUAGAUGUAAAUUUGUACACACUUUGAAAUUUUAAUUUAUUUCAUAUUUAUCUUUAAUAUAUAAAUUAUUAAUGCA